AUGAUUUUCCUGUUUGCGUUUCUGGCACUCGUAGCUUCUCGUCCCGGCGCGAGUACUCCAACACCACCAAAUCCGAGUGAUAGCACUCCUUCAGGCUCGAUGACCCCGAGAGAUUCAGAGUCGCUAGACAACUCACCACCACCAAUUCAUAGCAACACGGGUCCUUCGUCUCCUGCUCACCCAACUCAGCCUGGACACGACAGCAAUCCGAUUCCUCAACCGUAUUUCGGACACCCAUUUACCCCAUCUCCAGUGACUCAGAGUCAGAACAACGUGAGCUCUUCCUCUUCGGCUCACCCAAGUCCAACCCAGCCUAGACAAAACGACGACAGGCUUCCUUCACGAUAUUUCAGAAACCCAUUUAGCCAAAGCAACUCGAAUCCCUUGAUCCCUGUGUUCCAGCGACCUUCUCAGUCGACAACUGGAGCUCCAUGGUAUCACGGUAACGCAUUCUACGCGGUGGAACGUGCCUCACAUGGUAUACCCCCAAGUGAAUUCCACGUAAUGGAUCAUCUAAGUUCAUCCGUCAUGUAUUAUGUAUUUGAUUGGGGAAUAAAUUUCACAUCCCAACGUCCGAACCUCAAUCUCAGCAUUUAUAUUCAAGCCUUCCUCAUCCAGGGGGCAUUAUCUCUCUUCCUCUUGGCCAAUGCUGUGUUUCCACGAACACAUCCAGUUCUCGCUUUCGGUUUAGAUCGUCUCUCCUUCGUAUUAGUCGUGAUCACAGCUUACUUGGCUUCUCUGCCGCCUAUCUUCCCUCCCUACGUUGCUAUCAUUCCCUUCUUAGUUGUUAUUGUUUUCUACAUGUUUUUCCAUUUCAGGCGUUAA